CACAGCCCCUCUCUGUUCCCGAGAUUUUUACAGGGAACGCCGGGGAGCGUGGAAGCCAUUCCAGCCUGUCAGUCCUCCGAGUAACCCCAAAAGUGCAGUUCCUGCCUGGAGUGAGGCUCCCCGGGGAACCUCCCCUGCCCUGGUUUACAGCCCACUGCUCGGGAAGGGCAGCGAGGGCUGGAUCGCCCUCCCGUCACUGCCGUGCGGGUCCCACCCCGCUCCAGGGCGGGGACUUUGCCAGCCAGGGCAGCCCCAGAGCUCUCCCCAUCCGCGCCAGGGCACGGGCUGGGACAGCGGCUGUCUGAGUGCCUGGGACACAGACAAUACCAGAUUGACCAGACCCCAGCACGAUGGCAACAAUCAAGGGAGUCUCGAGCUUCAGUGCUGAGCAAGAGGCACAGGCACUAAGGAAGGCCAUGAAGGGGCUUGGCACAGAUGAAGAUGCCAUCAUUGACACCUUGACCAAACUGAACGUUUCCCAACGCCAGCAAGUUCUGAUCACCUAUAAAAGCACUAUUGGCAGGGAUUUGAUUGAUGACUUGAAGUCUGAGUUGAGUGGGAAUUUUGAAAAGGUGAUUGUUGGUUUGAUGACUCCAACCACCAUGUACGACGUGCAUGAGCUGAGGAGGGCUCUAAAGGGAGCAGGAACAGAUGAAGGCUGCCUGAUUGAAAUCCUGGCCUCUCGCACCAACGGGGAGAUUCGGCACAUCGUCGAGAACUACAAACUGCAGUACGGCUCCAGCCUGGAGGACGACAUCGUGUCCGACACAUCCUCCAUGUUCCGCAGGGUCCUCGUGUCCCUCGCCACAGGUAACAGAGAUGAGGGAACAUUUGUGGAUGAGGCCCUUGCUCAACAGGAUGCUCAGAGCCUGUAUGAAGCUGGGGAGAAGAGAUGGGGAACAGAUGAGGUGCAGUUCAUGUCCAUCCUCUGCACACGGAACAGGUGCCACCUGCUGAGAGUUUUUGAUGUGUACAGAGGGAUUGCUAAUAAGGACAUCACAGAGAGCAUCAAAUCUGAGAUGUCAGGAGACCUCGAGGAUGCUUUGUUAGCUGUGGUGAAGUGCAUGAGGAAUAAACCUGCGUAUUUUGCUGAAAGAUUGUACAAAUCCAUGAAGGGCCUGGGCACAGAUGACAGCACCCUGAUCCGGGUGAUGGUGUCCCGCUCCGAGGUGGACAUGCUCCACAUCCGCAGGGAGUUCCUGGCCAUGUAUGGGAAAUCCCUCCACUCCUUCAUCAAGGGAGAUUGCUCAGGAGACUACAGGAAAGUUCUGCUCAGACUCUGUGGUGGGGAGGAUUAAAGGAGGCCUAGGGGACUGUCUGGGUGAUGGGAAGCAGCUGAUCAUAGAAUUGUUUAGGUUGGAAAAGAUCUUUAAGAUCAUCCAGCCCAAUAAUUAUUUCUUUCAUGUAAUUUUUUUCCCAAAUAUCUUAUUAAUUGCUCUGAUUUUUGCCUUAGGUUAGUUCAUGCUCUGGUUGAUAAUGGCCAUUCUGGUUGGCCAUGGCCAAUCUGCUUUUAUGCUUGGCACACCCAUUUGCCUACUGAUUGGGCUGGUAAAGCCCAGCUUAAACAGAAUGCUGUAACCAAAGAUAUAAAAGUUAAAUUGUUUCCUGACCAGAUGCCCCUUUGCUGUUGUGUUCACCAGCAACACUUGUCAACUGAAGCAAACCUGGAUGCAGAGUGUGAGAGGCUGCCCUGGGAAAAUCUAACCCAUCAGUACCUGGAGAGUGCAGAACACAGGCUUGCUUCAGUUUUUCGAGAUAAUUAGGACACAAAGAACCCAAAUAUCUAAAAUACAAGCAUGUUUACAUCUUAACUGGCCCUCUGUUAGUGUGGAGCAUUAACAGCCUGGCUGCAGGGUAUGUAUAUGUUGCCUAGAGAUCUGUUCAUGGGGAAGAUGUCACUGGUGACAUCAGAAAAGCCUCUUGCUGCCCUGGUUAGAGCAGCCCCGUGUUCUUGGUCUGCCUUCUUCACUCAUGGGAGUAUAAAUAAUAAUGGUUAUGUUACAAACCCUCCUCUGGAUAAAGUGAUACCAUUGGAAUGGUGCCUUUUAGGGAAUGACCUGUCCCCAAAAUCCCACCUCAUGGCCUGGUGCUGGGGCAGCUCCUCAGACCUCCCUGGGGCAGCUCUCUCCAAAUCUCCCUGAGGCUGCUCCCCAGAUGUCCCAGGGGCAGCUCCCCAGUGUCCCUGGGACAUCCCCCCAGACUCCCCCACGUGCCAGCCCCAUGUCACAGGAUCAUGGAGGUGUUUGUGCCUGGGUCUCUCCUGGGUUUCCACACCAACCUCUGGCAAAGCUAUUUUCCCCAGACCCUCCACACCUGCCUGUUCACCUGAGUGCUGUUUUACUACAAAGAUGGGGUUCUUCUUUGGCUUAGCAACUUAUUUUUUACUGCUGGUGAAUAAUCCUGUUCUGAAGGAUCAGACUGAGGCUGGAAUGUCACAGCUGAAACACUGAGGUGGCUGCACCCAAUUCCAUCACUCAUUUUCCUCUGAAAUAGGCUGCUGCUGGCUGGAAUAGGAGAUGCCUCUGUGGCCUUCAAUAAAAUAAUUUUCUUUCUCACUCCUUGGGCUGCCAGUGGAGACACAUUCCUGACUUUUGCUGGGAGAGGAGGCAGAGCUUUAUCCAGUUCUCCCAAGGCCUCUGCUCAGGACAGGGAAAGGUCUGUGCCCAGCACAGGGGCUGCCAGAGCUGCUCGGGCGGGGGGUGGGUUCCAGUGCCUUGUGUCAGGUUGCUGAGCUUUGAAAAAUGAAUAAAGAAUUUGUUUCUGUA